AUGCGUCGCUUCGAACGCAUUCACAAUGUUGUCGAACCUAUUGAAGAGUAUCGUAUCGGAGGCUACCACCCAGUUCACCUCGAGGACACUUUCCACCACAGGUAUCGGAUUGUUGCAAAAUGGGCAUUCGGCCAGUUUUCCACAGUUUGGAUUGCGGAAGAUACAAGGCUUGGAAGAUAUAUUACGUUGAAGAUUCUCAAAGCGGAUAUCCCAAGUAGCAGCCGAGAACGUUCUAUCCUCCUUCACUUAUCGAAAGUAGAUACACACCAUCCAGGGAGAAACCACGUUUUGCAACUAUUAGAUCACUUUGAGCACAAAGGGCCUAAUGGCUUACAUAUUUGUCUCGUGUUCCCAGUCAUGAUAUCAGAUGGUGGAGCAAUGACUGUUCGGGAAAAACCACGCUGCCCAGGUUAUGUUCGUGAGGUUUCGAAACAGAUAUUGCUCGGGUUGAAUUAUCUUCACGACCAGGGCCUUAUUCAUGGCGACCUCCAACCAGCCAAUAUCCUGUUCACCCUGAACUGCAACUUAUCGAGCGAAAUGAUAGAAGAACCCGAAUUUAGUCAUGUCAAUUGGCUUCCAGGAGUUGAAGUGGAUGACAGUGCUCCGCGGUAUCUUAUGAGCUCGCAGCGGCCCCGUGGAAUGCUAGACGAUGCGGCCUUCUCGACACUUAUAGUCAAGAUUGGUGAUAUGGGCGGAGCUAUAUGGAACAUACAUCAUGAUAUUCUUCCUGUCACGCCAAUGGCGUCGAGGGCACCCGAGUUAAUUCAACCCCAUUCGUGGAAUGAAAAGGUGGACAUAUGGGCUCUAGGGUGUUUGAUAUUUCAGCUUGCUACAAACGAGCCACUCUUCCCGGUAGAAUAUUUUGGCUGCACGAUUGACGAGGUUCAUGGGAAUUUGAGGUCUCUCAUGCGCAGCCUAUUUGAGUACGGCAAUGAAAAAUUUGCCAUUUACAUUAGCGAGAGAUUACCGGCUGAUUUUGGUAAAGACAAUACUGAGAAGCUUGCAGAUUUUCUUUGGUCGACGUUGCAGGAACGUCCGGAAGAUCGGGAAUCAAUUACUGGGCUUCUCAAUCACCCAUUUUUAGUUGGCUGA